AUGGUCAACCUUCUCACCGCCUGCGCGUCGCUCCUCGUCUGCGCGACGCUCGUGCAAUGCGCGCCUGCAGGCUCGAUCACGGUGUCCGCGCCUAGCGAGACCGCGACCGUCUCGCCCGCCGGCGACAGCCCGAACACGAUCCUGUGGGCCCCGAGCUCGCAGCCUGGGGCCUACCAGCCCAUCCGCGGCGACCUGGGCGCGAACAUCAUAGGCCCACAGAACGAGCCGCUGCAGCGCGAGAACGCGGACCUGCUUGCGCCGCCGACGACCGACCACGGCACGGUGUCAAACUUCAAGUGGCCGUUCUCUUUGAGCCACAACCGACUGCAGACCGGAGGAUGGGCGCGUCAGCAGAACACCGAUGACAUGCCGGCGGCAACCGGACUUGCAAGCGUCAAUAUGCGCCUUGAAGCAGGCGCCGUUCGCGAACUUCACUGGCACACAGCCGCGGAGUGGGCAUACGUGCUCAAGGGUAAGAUCCAGGUGACCUCCAUCGAUACCGAAGGGCGAAACUACCUAGCGACUGUCCAACAAGGGGAUCUCUGGUACUUCCCGGCGGGUAUACCACAUAGUCUUCAGGCUACGGCAGACGACCCGGAAGGCGCCGAGUUUCUAUUGGUUUUCCCUGACGGCAACUUUAAUGAAGACGGGACCUUCCUGCUGACCGAUUGGUUCUCGCACGUACCGAAGGAGGUUCUCGCCCGUAACUUCCAGACCCCUAUUUCCGCGUUCGAUCACAUACCUUCCGAGCAACUGUACAUCUUCCCCGCAGCGCCUCCCUCCGACGACGCGAAGGAUGUGGAGUCGCCGCAGGGCACCGUUCCGGAUCCGUUCACGUUCUCGCUUUCCCAGAUGGAUGGGACGCGGCUCUCGGGCGGCAGUACGAAGAUCGCGGACACGAGGAACUUUAAGGUGUCGAGGAACAUCUCGGUGGCGGAUGUGACCAUCGAACCUGGUGCGAUGAGGUUCCGUGUUGAGUGGCACCCGACGCAGGAUGAAUGGGGCGAGGGCGAAGCUCGGAUGACCGUCUUCGCCGCAGACUCCAACGCUCGCACCUUCAACUACCAGGCUGGCGAUAUCAGCUACGUGCCGGCAGCCUUCGGUCACUACUUGGAGAACAUCGGGAACACCACCGUCCGCUUCCUCGAGAUCCAAAACUCGGACAGGUUCGAAGACGUUAGCCUGAGCCAGUGGCUUGCGUUGACGCCCCCGCAGUUGGUGAAGGCCCAUUUGGGCGUGGACGACGCGUUCAUCGAGCAGUUGCAGAAGUUCAAAGUCAAGUCGACCAUUGUCGGGCCGGCCAUUAAUGGCUCCUGA